GGGGACGCGGCCGCCAUUUUGUGUGGGGGCAGAGGGGCAGCGGCAGAGUGGGAGAGUUUUGGGCUGUGCUUUGCGGGAGGGUAUCGGAGAGUGACGGCGGAGGAGCGGCGGGGUCUGUGCCUGAAGGCCCGUGUGUGUGUAUCUGUGGUUGUACGCGAACGAGACGGACAGAAGUCGUGGGACUUCUCCCUUGGAGCUUCUGUGCCGAGAAUCCGAUGUUGGGCUCGGCUCCCUGGCUGAACACGGCAGAGCAGCCCAUGAAAACUUCCAUUCCUAGCCAAAGGAAGGAGUCCAGCGAAAGGCAGCACCUACUCUUUCAGGCUUGGAAGCAAGAAAGAGGGCAAGAGUUGGAGAGCGUGGAAUCUGAGAAGACAACUGAAAGGUGACAUUUAAGUUGAAGAUGGGUGGUGGAGAAAGAUUCAACAUUCCAGUUCCCCAAUCCAGAAAUACCACCAAGAACCAUCAACAACUUAAAAACAGGCAGAAGAAUAAAGACCAGAAUUCGCAGAUGAAGACGUAUAUGAAGAAAGAAAGAGGACAUGGGUGCAGCCCCUCGGCUGGUGCAUGGCAGGCCAUGCAGAAAGGGGGGAAGAGCAAUGUUCCUUUCCCAGGGGACCAGGGCUGGAGCCCUGCUCUAGCGAGCCGCGCGCUGUUCUUCCCUCCUCAGACCAACCACAACUAUGCUGGAGCGAAAUUCAGUGAGCCACCCUCACCAAGUGUUCUUCCUAAGCCACCAAGCCACUGGGUACCUGUUUCUUUUAAACCUUCUGAUCAAGAAAUAAUGACAUUUCAGCUUAAAACAUUACUUAAAGUCCAGGCUUGAGAACGUGAGGUUCGGUAUUUUUUAAAGGAUUUGAUUCUUUCACAGGGUCUCGGAGCUCAGACUUGUUCUCCCCAGCUCCAGAGGGCUGGCUCUACAGAACAGGCUGUUCUUGCUGCAUGUAGUUAGGCACUUGGAAGGGGCUGGCAGUUUACAUUCCCCUCGUGUUUUACCUCAGCGGUCCUGUGCUGUGUUCACUGUGAAUGGUGUUGCUAUAACCAAUCCUCAGCAGUGGUUGUUACUGUGAGAGCAGAUGGGGUGUGUCCCAGCACUGCCAGUGUUGGAAACCAGCUUCUGCCUGACUUAAUGCAGCAUGAACUGGAAAAAAUGCCCUGCAAGCUUUAGCCAAGAACUCUGCUGCUUUUCUGACUCGUGCCACAGUUGCUGGCUGGGUGAAGCCCAGCAGAGCAGAGACUCCCCACAGCAGCAGGUAAAACGUGGGCUGUGCCCUCGUGCCCAUCUGACACUCCUGAGCCCCUGAAACAGGGAUCUGGGAAACACCUUCCUCAGAGCAGGGGAGAGCCCCGGGCGUCAGGGCCUGCCCAGCUCUAGCAACACUCCCCUGCCAGCCCCUUCGUGUUCCACUUGCUCCCAUGAGUUCCACAAUAUGGCUUUUAAUCAUUAGUUCCUUAGUAACAGCUACCAAGAGUCGUGCUCAGACGUGGGUUACCCUGUAGUGAGGGCUUUAGGUCCAGUAGCUUGUGGCAGCUGUGAAUGUGUUUUCAUAGGGAAAACAGCCAUGUAAAUAAAUGUAAAACUUUGUAGCAUAUGUACAUUUUUGCUGGGCUUUCCUGCACAAAGUAUUUUGGUACUCUGGUGCCUGUAAGAUGACUGUGUUGAGCACCAGGCCUGAGGGUAAAAAAGAUAUUUUGUUUAAAAAAGAAACAUUUGUGGCUGUGGCCUUGCACUUGGUACAGUGAAGAUGUACUUGGGUGUGAGCUCCUUUUUAAAGUAAACUGUGCAAAAGAGGCUGCUGUAGAAUUUUUUAAUAAUAAUUUAUAAAAGCAUCUGAAGUUGAAGCCGACUUGUGUCCCAGGGCAGACAGGGGAGGGAUGGGAAACCACCGUGUUCAGAACCCAGGGGGAUGUUUCACAAGUGCAAGCAGCUGAUAAAACCCAAGCACUGUUUGUUUCUUAAUGCCUGCUGUUGACUGGAAAAGUGCUUUAGCUGAGCAGGAGUUUGCAGCUUGUGAAACGUUCUCUGGGGUCUUUGGCAGGUGCUGGGACACAGGUGGGGACGUUACUUGCUCCCAGUCAGGACCUGGCCUGGGAGUGAGCUGUAUCCCAGUUAAAAUUGUGUGUGCUCUGCUUCCAACUGUCCAUUGCUGAUGGUACAUGUACAAUUUGGAAACAACAGAAAUUUAAAUAAACUCAAUUUUUCACCCCUAAAA